GAAGACGAUGAGCCAUGUUGUUCCAAGUUGAUUGAUCAACCAGAACAACCAACCAAACAGUAUGAUUCAGAAUCCAGUUCCAGUGAAAGUUCUAGUGAUGAUGAUAACAUCCGGAUGUUCAAGAAAUCCUCUCUUCCUAAGAAUGAUCUGAAAGAAAACGAAGAAGAUUCAGAUGAUGAAAACUCCUCUAGUGGAUGUAGUAGCGACUCCUCAUCAGAUGAAGAUUCUCCUCCUCUUCGUAUCUUUCGUAAUCCGGAUGCUGCUGCAAGGAAUGAUGGGGGAGCAAAUCUCGUUGACUCGGAGGAUGACGAAGAGAUAAACGUGAUCCCGAUGAGUAGGAAACCAAAACGUCCGGAUAAUAAUUUCGAAAUAAAGAGUGAAACUCAAAGACUGAUCAGAGAAUCGAGAGUCAAUUUGCCGUAUUUUGUUCCGGAGUCAAAAAAACUUUCCGAUUUUAUGAAACGACCGGUCAGUCUGCUUGAUCAACAAGUGAAAACCGAGCAAAAAGAAGAAGAAGUCAAACUCGAAACAGACACGGCUGACUCUGGUAUUGGAGUUGCUGAAAAAACAGAAAACGAGGAAGAAAAUUCAAACGAAGAAGUUUCCGGCACGCAGAAGUUUGUGUCAUGUCCUGCCACACAAAAGAUGAGUAAGACAGCUAAACUGUUGGCCGAGCGUGGGAUUGUGGUUCCAACGCUUAAUGUUGUGUCGCAAGUUACAUCUCCAGCUGCAGGUAUAAUUCGUCUUGACGAUGAAUUAGAUUCAACUAAACCUCAAAACGAGGUCACCAACUUCAUGCAAAGGUUCCUUAAACACUCAAAAGCAGGAAAACGUAAUUUAAACAAAAAGAAAGUUCACUUCGACAUCAUCAAGAAAGAAGAAAGAAAAGAUGGAUCCGGUGUCGAACUUGUCACUGAGAUUGUGGAGUUUACUGAUCCAAGUAUUGAAGAUUCAAAUGACAGCAAAGAUCUCGCUUGUGUUUCGCAUGGUGAGAAAUAUCGUCGUUUGAGGGAAAAAUUGACAAAGAAAAUGAGGGAAAAAAGAUGCCAGGAAAGACUGAAAAAAGAGGAGCUUCACCGAUUGGACAAUGAAGAAUUAGAAUCUGAAGAAGAAGAAGAAGCUGAUUGGUCAGAAGGAGAGAUAGACUCUGAGCAGUCUGAAGCAGAAGACACAAUCGAGAAAACCGAAAAUUCUUCAAAAAAUCCGAUUAUUGAAGAUGAUGAAGAUAGUUUGGAAAACACACAACCAGUUGGUUCAGCUCUCAACCCAGAAUUCACUUUAUCAAACGAUAGUUUGACCUCCAAAACCUCCCAAGCCACCUCCAAAAGUGGAAUUCUUUUCCCCCACCUUUCAACUGAAGGCUCCAUGCUGCUGUUUGAAGAUUCCAUCAAAAAAUCGAGCAUGAGUCAUGAUGACGAUGCUGAGUCACCCGACCACUCGUACGAUAAUCUUUACGGUUCAAUGAUUCCACCAAAUCAACCAGCACUUUCCGAUAUUUCAGAUUCUUCCAAACCAUCCAAGCUCCACAUGGAUGAAGAUUCUUAUUUCUGUGCGGAUCGUUCUUCCAACGCAUCAACAAACGCAUCACAAUUUCGACCUCAUUACGAAUCCCAGUUUCUGGAUUCGGACGGAUUUAUAAAAGAACCAAAAGAAAUUAAGCCCAUCGACUCUUUACUGCCCCUUGGUGCUGAAGAUGACAACGCUAACGACUACAACAUGUCGCAAUUAUUGGAGCUUUGUUCUGGAAAGUUUCAAGAUUCCGCCAACCCCCUACUAUCUGAUAUCGAAAAUGAAGUAGAUCAAGUCAAUGAAAGCUUUGGAUUUCAAGUUGAAGCCGGGGAAUUAAAAGAAUCAGAACCAGUUAAUUUUUCCGACAACGAAGACAAAAAUGGAGAUUCGAGCGAUGAUGAUGAAGGGAUCACCAUCAUCCGAAGGAAGAAAGAUGUGGAGGAGAAAAUGACCAAGAAUUUCCUCGAGGACGAAGCAGAGUUAUCGGGAGAUGAUGUUGGGAGUGACGAUGAUGAUGAACUGGGAGGUGAUUAUUAUGAAGAAGAAGAAAAUGAUGAAGUUCUUCCGGAAGAAAAUCUCAUCAAGAAACAAGUGAAUAAAGUCCAUCUAAAGAGGAUGUUGGACGAAGACCAACAUCACAUAGAUUUGCUCCAGGAAGCUCUCAUUGAUGAAGUCGUGGACGCAAAACGGAAUCGGAAGUUUCGUUGGAAAAAUAUCGAUGAGAACCUCACUCAAGAUCUCUUUCAUUCCGAUGAUGAUGGUUGUCAUGACGAUGAUGAUGUCAUCACAACACUGGAGGCAGCAAACGAGGAGAGUCGAUGGAGGAAGAUGAGGUUGGAGAGAGAGGAGUUUCUUGAGAGCAAACCAGAAAAUGAUCAGAUAAGUGAAGACAGUCAGCUCCUCACCAUGGGCAGAAGUGCCAUUCACAAAUCAAGAGUCUUGUCAGAAGUAAAUGAACAAUCUCAAGAUUCACCAUUGCUACUGAGAUCCAACAGUGUUUCACUGAGUAAUCAACAUUCUAAUUCGCAAAGUUCGUUCAUGUGCCGGAAACCGGAAAUUUUGUCCAAGUUUUCUGCUUAUAAGGAGCUUAAAAAUAUCAAGGGCGCGGUUAACUCAGGCAAGAUGGUGUUUACGGUCGGUUCAGAAAACACGAACGAAAAACGUAAACCAACAAAAUCCCCGGGUGUUGCGCCUUUGUCGAAGAAACCUCGAUUGGACGAAGAUUCAAACAGCGUUUUCAGUUUGCUUGAGACAUCAUAACCUCACUUUUCUUUGCAUAUUAUAAUAUUUUCAAACCUCGCAUAUUGCGCAGGCGUACACGUAGAGUUUUUAUUAUCAAUAAAACUAUUUCAACCGAA